CCCUGCUUCCCCCGUUGACGCACUUUUUAAGCGUCUUCCCCGUCUCCACCUCAAGGCGAGCAGCAGCGGCGGCGGCAGCAGCGACCAAUCACCAUGCCAUUACAGCCUGCAGAGGAAGCUGUUUAUGGGGCUGCAGCGCUAAUUAGGCUCAUGAACUAACAAAUCUGCUUGCACCAACCCGGCCGGGGAAAAAACACCAGCGCAUCCAUGGAUUAGCCUGGGAGUAGCUGAGCUCUUUUUAUUUUUUCCUACAAGCUUCCCAACUUAUUUCGCAGCGAAGAAAACUUUCCCCCCUUUUCUUUGGGUGUGGAGGAUUAUUUUAAGCAGCGGCGCCUUCGACAACUUCGACCUAAACUGGGGAAUCUGGACUAUCAGACCAUGUUUCAACCCACACCGAAGAGGUGUUUCACUAUAGAAUCGUUAGUGGCGAAGGACAAUCCGGUACCGGCGUCCCGCUCAGAGGAGCCCAUCAGGCCGGCGGCUCUCAGCUAUGCAAACUCCGGCCAGAUGAACCCGUUCCUGAACGGUUUCCACUCCGGCGGCAGGGGCGUCUACUCGAACCCGGACUUGGUGUUUGCAGAGGCGGUCUCUCACCCGCCGAACUCCGCCGUCCCGGUGCAUCCGGUGGCCCCGCCACACGCUCUGGCCGCUCACCCGCUCUCCUCGUCGCACAGUCCGCACCCGCUUUUCGCCAGCCAGCAGCGGGACCCGUCCACCUUCUACCCCUGGUUAUUACACAGAUAUAGGUACCUGGGCCACAGGUUUCAGGGCAACGAAACGAGUCCAGAGAGCUUCCUUUUGCACAACGCGCUGGCCAGAAAGCCCAAAAGAAUCCGGACAGCUUUUUCCCCCUCGCAGCUCCUCCGGCUCGAACACGCGUUCGAGAAGAACCAUUAUGUGGUGGGAGCGGAGAGGAAGCAGCUCGCCCACAGCCUUAGCCUCACAGAAACUCAGGUAAAAGUGUGGUUUCAGAACCGAAGGACGAAGUUCAAGCGGCAGAAGUUGGAGGAGGAGGGCUCGGAGUCUCAGCAGAAGAAGAAAGGCUCGCAUCACAUAAACCGCUGGAGGCUGGCGACCAAACAGGCGAGCCCGGAGGAAAUUGAUGUCACUUCGGACGAUUAAAAAAAAGAAAAAGAAAAAUCCAAAAUGGGACUGACUUUCUCAGAAUUGUCUGAAUGAAGGAGGAUAAGGAUACAGGAUGCGGGGCAGAGACUGUCGGAGGGUCAGAUGGAGGAGAAACGGAGGCCGAGGCUGGUCCUGCUGCACGGAGCGGCUCUGUCGGUCCAACCGGGCCGGGAAGCUGCGCCUCAGUCCGCCUACCUGAACCCACCCCGCUCCACCACUACGAGCCCUCACACCUCCACCUAAUUUUCAAAUUUUCUCCAAUUCUUAUUGGACGUUUGCACUUCAGAAGAUUUUUUUUCACUCAAGAAACCAAAACACCAAACUACUUUUUUUUUUUGUAAAACUUGAAAUGCAUGGUUUAAUAUUUCCCCCCAUAGUUCUUUUAAUUUGACUAAAGAGGGAAAAAAGAAGAAAAUUCAAUUUCUUUUUCACUUUUAACUCUAUUUUCCAGCAGAGAGAUGUCGUGCUUCUUCCUUUCUACAAAGUGUGCAGUCUUUCCUUGAUGAUUCUCGUGUAAAAGUGAUUGUGAAAACAUAUGAAGUAGCGGUGUUUUGAUUUUUUUUUAAAGAAGAAAACAUUUUUUAAUUAUUUUUGUUUCUAAAAGGUGAAUCAAAGCGCAGCAGUGAAAGGGAAGAUAUCAGGACGUUCCUUCAACCCAAAGCUUUACCAGAACCAGAACCGAGUCGCUCUGCAGCCUCCUGUCAGGACUCAGUGAAGGACUAAAAAACAAACAAAAAAAAAAAACAGAAAAAACAAACAAACUUCAGGCACUGAACGUAUUCCAUGUACAGAAAUGCUAAAAAGUUCCUGUUUCUGUUCAAACCCCCCCUUUUACAGAAUGUAAAUAUUUUUUGUGUUUGUGUUAAGUUUGCUACAAUUUUAACACAAAGUAUACUUCCAAGAAGUAUGUAAUUGUCAAUAUUUUGUCAAUAAAGUUUUAUCAGUAUGUCGCGCGCA